AUGCCCCAGCAUUUCUCCGAUUUUCACAGAAUACGAAAGCGGGUCAAAAGGUCGCUUGGGUUUGGGACAAGGAAACCUUGCAACUUGAGCUUCCCGUUAUCAAGUUUGUUUCUGAACGCAUUUGUGUUUCAACUUCAAAAUUUAAGAACUAGUUGUGGACUUUUUCGACAAGAAAUGCCCAUUCGAUUAUAUGGAUUUGGAAACAUCGGCUGCUAUCUCGGACACGGGUUACGCUGAUCCAGUUACGUUGGUCGUCGCCCUCAUCUAUCUGGAUCGUCUCAGUCUUCGUGAUAAGGUUUCGUUUUUAAACAAUUGGUUUUUAUAAGUUUUUUGUUUCAUAGGAAACCUUUCUCAGUAUUUUUUUGUUCGGCACCACGAUUUGCUUGUUUGCACACUCAGAUAGUUACGCAAGGCAAAUUUGCAUAGGGGAGAACAGUAGGGUUAUUUACCAGUUCAUCUAUGUGUUGGUUUUCUUUUUUUUUUGUAGGCUUAGCCAGAACUAUUUUUCAAAUAUUUUUAAAGAAGACUUUCUAAUUUUUAAUGAAGAUAUCCAUUCAAAGUCAAUUCAAAAAAAGUUUAGUAGCUUGCAACUGCCUAAAAAAAACAUUUUUUUCAUUUUUUUGUAUAGCUGUUUCUAUAACCCCUUGUGAAAAUGAUGUUUAACAGUGUGUGAUAAGGUCGAAAAAUUUGAAAAACGAGCUUCAGUUUGAAAAUUUCCAUUUAUUCACAUGUGCUUCACAUUUAAUUUUGUUGAAAAGUCGUAAUUCGUAGACGGGUUCAAUUGGAUCGCGAAUAGGUUCUAGGGGAAAGGGAAAUUAAAGAGUUCACAAGUGAUCAUCAACGUUCUCACAUCAAGUAAUACAGGUUACGAAAAAUAGGAUUAAGAGUAUAAAGAUAUGUUUUAAUCUUGAAUGAGUAACUGAUUUUCUAUUCAACACAGAACAUUUUACUUAGGAGAAACUAGGAUGAAAUUUAUUGUCGAUAAUGGAAAAUAUGGCACUAAUUCUAGAACUGAAGUUGCUUUUGCAGGAGUACUUUGAGUCGACGAAUCCGACGGAUCUCUACCUGCCUGCCCUCGAUUUGGCUUCCAAAUACAUUCACGAUUUCCCCACGUACGACAGCACGCAUAUUAGUGACUGGGCCGACGCGGUGUCAAUGAAGAACGAGCGAUUGGUCGAACUCGAGUGGGAGUUCAUCAAGCAUCUCGUCAGUUUCAUCUUUUCAUAAUGCUAAAUACACUCUACUUAAUUUGAUAUUGAGAUUUUAUCUUUGAAAAACAGUUUAACAGAAGUUUCAAUGUCUUUAGUUGAAAAAUUUCACAAUAGAAAGCAACAACAACGUUAAUAAUGUGAAUAUUAGCUUUAUCAUAGUGUUAUGUUUCUCUUUUCGAUUUUGAGCGUUCUAAGACGAUUUUUCUACUUGUCAACUUUCAAUUGAAUCAAAAGUAGGCGAGAGAAGCUAUUUUCGAUGAGAUUCUAGUUAAUAUUGAGCCAUAAAUCAAAGUUGCGGAGAAAAUUUGAAAACUGGUACUAAAUGAAAAAAAUAAUUUUUCAUCCAUAUUGCUGCUUUAAAACAUACUUGAAGAUUUUUGGAUGGUAGUUUUGUUUUUAAAUGUAGAAUAGGUCCCGGAAAAAGUUAGUUUCUGCCAUCUAUGUUCUUGCUUUUGUUCUCUGCAUUUAAUCACAAUAAAGUUUAAUCAUGCUUUUGGAAAAGAGCUCAAAAUUUAAUUUUUCAAGUUUCCAGCGCCUCCCUUUUUCCAUCUUCUUAGUGGAUAUAUGUUUUAAAUGAAUUUUGAAUUGAGGCUCAGAGUCUGUUUAACUUUUUGAGUUCAUGUGAGGCUGAGUAAGCUCGUGAUGAUUUUUUUAGAUUGAUAUAUUCAAAGGUAACAGGAAGAAUGAAUGAAGUCAGGCAAGGUUUUUAAUGAAAAGCAUAAAAAAGAUAACGGAAUUCUAGAGAAUUUUUGAGUUUUUCGUUUUAUAAACUUGAAGUUUUUCGAGUUUUUUUCAUGAUUAUUACCAAAGUUUUUCAUAGAUUUAUUUUUACCAACUUUCUAACCUAUGGCUGUUAGUUGAAAACUUCAAGUCGUUUUGAGAAAGAAUUUUGAAUAUUUUUCUUGAUUACUUGGUGAAGAAUCUAUGAAAAUACUAAAUCAGACACUCAUUUUUAACUGUAGUCAUACGUUUAACUUCUUCAUUUUUCUCCUCUCAAGACAUUUUUUUAUUUCAGGAUUGGGACGUUUCGAUCAAAGAGAAGGACAUCGAGCAGGGCUUGACGCGCCUGGAACGUUGGGUGACGAACGAUUUCAUCGAGAAGAACGACUUCUGCACCUACAACGAACUUUUCCACGCCUUCUCCUCGAUUCCUCUCGCCGCCUACCUUUCCCUGGCCAAACAGUUGUUCUCUUUCCUCGGAUUGACUGCCUUGGUCUACACCUUCUCCGUUUUCACGAUGUCCUCCAUCGCUGAACGUCUGGCCAACUCGCCCUCCACCUCGUCUGAAUCUCCCGUCGCUGAUGUCGUCGUUGCGAACCUCCCGAUUUGCAAUGUCACUCCGUCAUCUUCCACUGUCAUUCUCGAUUACACCCUUGACUUGGAUGAGAACAACUCCACGACGACGAAUGAGCAAGAUUCGCCCGCCCCUCGUAAGGACAUCUUCUUCGUCCACGACGAUGACUUCACGAUCGAAGACGCCGACUUCAGCAAAAUCAGCCCCAUGGAGAAAUUCCCGAUUCAUCCCUUCCUCGGCUUCAUUUCUUGA